AUGAAUGCAAUCAAGGUCGCAACUCUACUCACGGCGUUCCUUGCGCCACACGUCGCUCGUGCCACCACCGCGCUUACAUUCUUCGAACACUCUUCAUGCAACGCCGGCACGUCUUUUCAGUCUUACAAUGAUCCGAAUGCUCUUCAGGCAGAUACGUCAUGCCACCAACUUCCCAACGGCACGGUGGCGGUGUAUGUGAAUCAAAUUGAUGAUGGGUGUACAUUGCGGAUCUACACAUCAUCGGACUGCUCCCCUCUCGCUUCGUCCCCGGCCGGCCUCCUCGUCCCCGGAGGCAACUGUUUCUUUGUCGACGAAGGCGUCGACCUGGGAUCGUGGCGACCCGACUGCGCCGGAGUCGACUACUCUUCAUCCAACGGUCUCGACAGGGGCAACUCGUACUCGAACAAUGCGAAUGACGGCAGCGACGAAAUCUAUUCGGCACUCGUCACGGCGAACGGCGGGGUCGUAACGUUGACGGCGACGGCGGCCGCCUCGACUUCGACUUCUUCUUCGACUUCUCAAGAGACCGCAGCAGCGACGACGUCUGCCAGCGGCGGGAACAGUACGUCCAGCGCGGCAGGAAAGGGGGGUGCAAGCCAGACGACGUCAGCAGGCGCCGGUGCCAGUCAGACGUCACACAGUGGCUCCUCACCCGGCACGAGACUCGUAAACCGUGUCUCGACAAUCGGAGUGGGCGUGGGGAUGUUUGCGUUGGUUGCUGUUUUGUCUUGA